AAUAAAAUCACCACAGUGUGACAGCAGAGCUCGUUACACUGAGGGUCUCAGCAAAGCCGGAGGGCUCCAUCAGCCCAAUAAUAGCCAAACUCCUCUCAGCUCUGCCUCUCACUAAAGCAUUCCGCUCCUCAGGAUGCUCGAUCUGCUCCUUCUCCAACUCCUUUCUGUGGAUUCACACCUGCUUGGAACAUCAAAUCCCCAACAUGCCGAUGACCGGUUAAGGGUUAAAAUGGAUGUCUUGAUCCCAGUGGUUGGAGACCCUUAAAUCCUGGCAACAUGUCCUUCAGCGGCAACACGAGCCAGCCGCCCCCUUCUGCGUCUCCCCUCAUCCACGUGUCGUCUUCACCGUCACCGCCGUGGGAGGAGGAUCGCUCAAAUGAGACUCUGCUCGCAGACUUGUCAGGUCUCGGCCACGACGAGCAAUGUCACACGUCUCCCAUCCUCACGGCCUUUCUGGUGGCGUGGUACAGCGUCACAAUGGUGCUGGGCCUAGUGGGCAACGUCGGCCUUAUCUGCAUAAUUACCCGGCGCCGGGAGAAAGCCAACGUCACCAGCAUUUUCAUCUGCAAUCUGUCAUUCUCUGACAUUCUGGUAUGUGUCUUCUGCCUCCCGUUCACACUCAUAUACACGCUCAUGGACCACUGGGUGUUCGGGUCACUGCUGUGCCGCCUGGUGCCCUUCAUUCAAUGCAUGUCCGUGACCGUCUCCAUCCUCUCGCUGGUUUUUAUUGCCCUCGAGAGACACCAGCUCAUUAUAAACCCGGCUGGCUGGAAACCCAGCAUUCCGCAAGCCUAUGCGGUCGUCUGCAUUAUCUGGAUUCUAGCCUGCUUCACAUCCUCUCCUUUCCUGGCCUUUCAGCUGCUCACGAACGAGCCCUACGCCAACGUGAUCCCGCCCCAGCCUGCCCUCUAUCGCGUCUCGCUCGCCAACUCGUCCGUGCCUCACAAUUUACUCCAUUAUCACAACCUUUACACGUCCUUGCACAUGGAAGCCUGUCUUGAGCACUGGCCCUCCCAGCAUCAGCGGCUGACCUACACCACGUGGCUUCUGCUUUUCCAGUACUGCGGCCCUUUGAUUCUCGUCCUGCUGUGUUACGUGCGGGUGUACGUGCGCCUGCGUCACCGCAAAGACAUGCUAGACCGUGCCAGGACGCCGGAGAGCCAGCGCAUGAGUCACAGCCGUCGCAUCAACAUCAUGCUGGUGGCCCUGAUCACGGCCUUCGCGCUUUGCUGGCUGCCACUCAAUAUUUUCAACGCCGUGUCUGACUGGAACCAGGAUGCUUUGCCCGUGUGCCACCACAACCUCCUCUUCUCCCUCUGCCACCUCCUGGCUAUGUCAUCCACCUGCAUCAACCCUAUCAUCUAUGGCUUUCUCAACUCUAACUUCAGGCAGGAAGUGAAAGAGGUGCUUCAGUACUGGUGUUGCUGCCCUCUGGAGGAGGAACGUGAGCCCCUCCCCAUGUCCACCGUGCACAUGGAGGUGUCUCGUACAUCAGUGCCACUUCCCUGCAGGAGUAACUCUGUGUGAUACCCGAGGGACACGCUUCUUCUUUUCAGUCAUUCAUGGCGUUUCAGUCACAACAAUUGACUACAAGACUUUUGUUUCCGUGGUUUCAGCGUUAUAACUUGUUGGCUGCUAUUGAUGACGAUAAAUGUCCAAUCCAUUUGAACUGGGAGGCCUGGCAGCCCUCCCAGUUCAAAUGGUCCAUGGUAAUAAAUUUAUUUAAAAUGACAGCAGAAUGAUGAAGAGAUUGACCUUGAGCCACUUGAUUAGACGUGUCAUGUAGUGUUGCUAUUUUAUGCUCUAAUAUAGUGGUGAGCAAAUGAUCUUAUCUCAAGUUAUGUGACAGGGGAAAACAGGGUUGGUUGUCACAUUUUACCACAAGAAGGCGGUGUUGCGCAAUAUCAAUACGGAAAUUAGAAUUAUGCCAAUCAAAAAUGAACAUUGUCUUUCCUGUACAGUGUCACAUCAAUUUAAAGCAGUGCUUCUCAAUUAUUUUCUGUUAUUGUAAUAAUAAUAAAUAAUUGUUGGACUAUAAGCCGCUACUUUUUUCCCUCAUGUUGAAUCCUGCAGCUUAUAGUCAAGUGCGGUUUAUUUGUUGAUUUAUUUGGGUUAAUAGGUAAGACUUUAUUUGAAAGUGGCAUCAUAAGACUGCAAUAAAACCGUCAUGAUUACAUGACACUAUCAUGGGCAUUAAUGAAUGCUUAUGACAUGUCAUUAAGUGUCAUCAUACAAAUUAUGUCACUAAAUCCAUUUAUUUCGUUUACAUCCAUUCAAAUGUGAGAUAAUUUGCCGGAUGACACUUAAUGACAUCUGUAAUAAGCAUUCAUUAAUGCUCAUGGCAGUGUCAUGUCAUAAUUAUGAUGAUCUUAUGACAGUCUUUUGGCACCCCUGCCAAAUAAAGUGUUACUAAAUACCAUAGCAAGUAAUUAAUGAAACAACUGGAACAGUAACUGAAGAAAUAAUUGGCACAGAACAUGAAUUUUGGUUGUUACUUACAUCUGUAGCACUGCAAUGCAUGGUAGGAGGCAUGUUGGAUGACAACAGUGUUGGCAGCAGAGGUUGACUGUCUCUACCAAGGGAGCAGUGAUGGUGAAAUGAAGCUUCCUGAAGCAAUAAAGCAUUGCAGCCACUUGGUUCCAAGCUUCAUGGUAGUUCAUUUUGUCUUAUGAUUGUCUUAUGAUGCCACUGUCAAAGUGUUACCGGUAAAUAUCUUUUGUUGUAAAUAUCAAAUAAUACAGUGAGGACAGCUGUGGCUAAUAGUCCAGUUCGGAUUAUCUACGAAUAAAUGGCAUUUUUGUGUCAAAUUUGGUGGGUGGCGGCUUAUAGGCUUAUACCGAAAAUUACGGUAGUAUCACUUGUCUAUAAAUUUAUUAUUAUUAUAAGUACACCUCUCCAUAACAUUCUGUCCUUUUUAAUAUUAAAGAAAAAAAGUAAUACUGUAUACAAUAGAUCAACUUACAAUAAUGUAUAACUUUAUUAACAUUUUAUUUGUAAUAGAAAAGACUUAAAUGAGGACAAUAUGUUGACCAAUUUCAGUACAAAAAGUAUCAACUCCUUUGCUAUGAUGUGGGGUUAUUUUGCACUGAGCAACUUUGUAUGCCACCUUAUAUGAUGCUAUCAGUGCUCGCUGGUUUACUCAUGUAACACUGACAAAGCAUGACGAUUGUUGGCAAUAUUCGGCACGUUUUCACCAGGAAAAAAAUUAAGCGGCUUAUCAAUAUGAUUGGGUUAUAAUGUCUUUAAGUGACAUCUUAAUUGAUUUGGCUUCCUGCUGUCCGCUGCAAACAUUUUUAGACACUGUAAACAGGCUAGUCUUUCCUCUUCUCCCACUGUAUUAAAAGUCAAAGUCAAACGCUACAUAUGCAUCGUUAUCUAUCCUCAUCUUAGCUCUUCAUAUCUCCAUUGCCCUUUGCUGUGUGCUCUUGUUUGGUUCAAAAAUACUGCAUACACCCUGAAAAUGAGAGUGCCACUGUCAUCCACUGAGUGGUUGUGCAAUUACACUUUAUUCUAGUAAGGCCAAAAGUACCGUAUGUUCCCCAAGGUCACAUGCGCCACCCCCGGCAUCGCUCUGUGCUCCCAUGGGGUGUGGGGGGUUGGCACUAUUUGAGAAGUACUGCUUUAAAGUAAGAUGCAAUUUCUUUUUUCAGUAGGAUUUUAGAAUUUUAUCCUCAAUUGUCUUUUUAUUGGCUUUUGCACAAUAGGUUUCUUGCUUGCUGAAAACUGUGAGGACAAAGCUACAGUUUUGAUUGCUAGUUGCUUGCUAGAAAUUAGUUUAGCUUUUUGCCAAAAAGAAAAGUGAGGGUUGGUUGUCACAUCAUCAACAGCUUAAAGGAUUCAUAUAGUUUUAUUGUCACUGUACAGUGCAUAGUGAAAUUGUUUUCCAAAAGCUCUUCAUCAUCUAUAUCACAUAAAUGAAGUUUAAGAGAGAAAAAAAAAAAAAAAAAGAAAGAAAAAAAAAAAGCUCCUAUGUCCAUCAUCGCUAUGUUUCAGACAGUCAAUAGCUAUCAGACAUGAUGUUGCUGAUGGCAUUUCUGGACUCAAUUUAUUUUGUGUUGAAUACUCAAGGAGUUCUCAAGUGCAAUGAGUUUUGUUGAAGCAAUAAUGCAAACUUCUCAUUUCAGUGGAAUGGGGUGAUGCAAGCUAUUAAAUUUUAUUUCUUUAAAAGGAUGGUUAUUACAGUUAAAAAUAAUAAUAAUAAUACAUUUCAGUGGGGAGAUUGUCAUCGUUUAAAAAAAAAAAGAAAGUCCCAUUUAAACAAGUGACAACCAACCCCGCAACAAGGAUGGUUGUCACAAUGUGCCAGGAUGUCUUUGAUAAGAGUAAAUUACCUUUUUUUUUUUUUUUUUUUUUUUUUUUGUUAAUGUCACAUUCAAUCCAAGAUAUUUAUUUUCCCUGUGACUGACUAUUCUAAGAUGUAAUAAUGGGAAGCUAUAAAAGAAACAGGAAAAACUGUGACAAUAAACGCUGUUCUCCCCUAACUGUAUGAAAUCAGCCUAUUCUGUUGAAAAGUGGCAAAUCACAGAAUAGUCAUUAUUUUAUUUAUUCAUACUAUUUAAAAAUUGACAAGCACAAUAGGGAAAUACAGCUGUAUGCAGGUUUGCAAAUAUUACUUUGAAAAUAUUGGUAAGACUAAUAGUUUGUGUUGUUGAAAAUGUAAUGAUGGAUGUAAUAGAUAACUUCUAAUUACUUUCUCAAAGUUGUUUAAAUGCAUUUAAUUACAUUUGAUCGACUUUUAAAAGUUCCUUUUGAAUAAACGUGUCAAAUACAUGAUGCAUGUUUACCCACAGUGAUAACAAAUGUGUCCAUUUUAGAGAAUUAUGCUUCAUAAAUAUUCAUAUACGUACAGAAUAUAUAUAUACUGUAUGUGUGUGUGUUACAUGAAUUUCUAAAUUACUUUUUGAAUUCCAAAUGGUGUCUGUUCGCUACAUCUGAAAGUGGAAGUUUAGAAUUUUUUACAUUAAGCUUAAUCGUCAAGUUAACGGGGGUUUAAUUAAUCGGUGGAGUUGGUUUCAAUAAAUUCCGUGCAGUUUGUCAGUUACAGGUAGUUCCCGGUUUACGAACGAGUUCCGUUCCUGCGCUCGCGAUGUAACCCAGACUUCCGCGUAAAAAAAAACUCUAAUUUAAGUAAAAAAAAAAAAAAUUAUCCAAAGACAUGUAUUAUGCGUCAUUGUAAUGUCCUCGCAAAGACGUUGGAGCUAAGUCCUAGUUAGACAUCGAGCUACGCACCGAAAUGACGAUGUCAGACGUCCGUGUGGUUUGCUGACUUCAUUCAGCUGCUCAUGACAUCAACACUUCCAGAAUGAAACUAAAAUAAAAUGAAAUUUAAUCAGUCUCAUCUUCAAUAACAGCAAUUCAAAUUUGCAUUUACAAGUAGCUGCUGAUACAACUAUAACAAACGAUUAGCAUGUACCAGUUAGCGUCCGUACAUCAUAAAAAAUAAUCACAUAAACUCGCCCCAAGUAUUCGACCACAAUUGAAAACGCACAAUAAACAGUACAAAAGGGGUCGCAUACAGCCAUCGCCUCUGGAUGCUUCACAAGCAACAAAUGUGCGCGCAGGCUGUCACCUCUGCCACACCUCUGCUCUUUGCGUGCAUGUGUGGGUUGGGCAGGUGCGCCUGUACAUGCGGUCGCUUCCUGUCAUACGUUUCCUGCGCCAAAAUAAAAGCAAGCAUCACAAAACAAAACAAAAUUUAAAAAAUAAAUAAAAAAAAAAAAGAAAACGACGAGACGCGGGCGUCGUGAAGUCGAAAUCGCAUAAGACGGGUCCGUCGCAGCCAGUGGACGACCUGUAUUUGUUCUUUUCAGGGAUCCGAAUUAGCUAAGCUAGUGCGAAUCAAUAGUCCCGUCUUAGCAUGCCAAUAAAAAACAACAUUUGCAUGCAUGAGAAUCACCGAUGACCCAUGCAAUCAAUAGUGUUGGCUACGUUUUCAAAAUAAAGUUAUUAAAACCUACCAUUGCAUGUCAAUAAUUGUAGUAUGAAGAGCUACAUUUGUAAUCCAGCAGCUCUGCAGGGAGCAGGCUGCAGAGCGGGGUGAUAUUUUUUUCCAACAGUGUAUUUAUGUCGUAGCUAAGUUAGAUCUGUUAAUGUAUUUUUUUUUACAUGCUAAGGUGGGACCAUUGAGCCGCGGUAGCUUAGCCACUCCGGAGCCCUAAAACUAACAAAUAACUGACAAACUGCACGGAAUGUGAUAAAAUCAACGUCACCGCCUAAUUAAACGACCGCUAACUCGAAGAUUAAGCCUAAUGUCAAAAAUUCUGAACUUCCGAUUCAUAUCAUAAAACUGUUCUUGCAUCAAACAACUCUUAUUAGCUGACUGCUUUACUGAUAACAUGUCGAUUGAGUCGAGCAACACACUCACACUGGCACAUGACCAUAGGAAACCAAUCACAAUUUCUGAUUCACAAGCAUCAAGACUUCUUUAGAUGAUGCAAAGGCACGCUUGGUAAUUUUUUUCUGUGUGUAAUUUUUUCAAAAGCAAUUAAAAUUGUAAUCAUUAAAAUUUACCAAAGAAAAUAAUACAGUAUCAAUAUAAUUCAAUAGCAUUCAAUUAUAAUACACAGUUUUGAUUGUUAGUGGCAAUAUUGUUUUAUACAUGUUGUGCCGAGUUGGUCACCUCUACAGAAUGUUAAAGCUUCAAGAACAUGUGAUGAUUUUGUUUGUAGUCUAACAUUUUAAGAAUCUAAAGUUAAAACACUGAAUGUGUGUGCCUCACUAAACACAGUGGUGGGGAAACAAUGCCACCACAGAACAGCAUUCCAAACCUGGAUGAUGCAAUUCUUGAGGAAAUUAUGAAAUUUCAGAAUACAUUUAUUUGAGUUUCCCUAAAUUGUUCAUCACUCUGACACAAAAUGCACUGUGCACAUCAUAUCAGGGGUGCAAAACCACAUCGAUCGAAAGCUUUUGUAUUGAAUCGCAAGCUCCGUGAAUUUGGCCCCCCAUCAGAUGCAAAUUUGUAGAAUAAAUAUGUCGUUCGUACGUGCUGCUAUCAUUUUUUAGAUAUUAACAAUAGUUUUACAGGUCAAUCUGAGGUCAACCAGCCCCCCGUUUUGAUUAAAAAUGGCUAAAAAUUUUGUCAAUCGUUUGUGCUGUAACCAUUUUAAUUUGUACUACUAUCGUUUUUUAGAUAUUGAAAUAAUAAUUUAGAAUGAUGACGUUACGCAGCUCAUUAUUCAUUGGUAAAUGAUGUCAUACUUGUAUCGUGCCGUUCUACCUUUCAAAGCCCUCAAAGCGCUUUACACUACAUCGCCAUCCACCUACUGAUGACACAGCACCAGGAGCGGAGCAACAUGGGGUUCAGUAUCUUGCUCAAGGAUACUUAGUUCAGAGUUCACCAUGGCAGACAAUCGAACAGACAACCUCUGGAUUGGGAGACAACUAGUCGAGCCAUGCCACCCCGAUUAUACUGUAAAUCAACAAUUCUUUUAUAGGUCAAUCUGAGGUCAACCAGUCACCCAUUUCAACUACAAAGGGUUUCAAUCGUUUAUGCUACGUUUGCGCUAGUUGUUAGGACACCCUUCUCUUAUUGAGCGAGUUGGUACGCAUUAUCAGCCGUGUCGGAGUCGCUGUGAUUGACGUCAUCACUUGAAACUAAUAUCUCAAUAUCUAUAAAACACUAGCAGCACAAACGUAGCAUAAACGAAUGGCACCAUUUCGGGUCGAUUUUGCCUUAAACGGGGUGCUGUGUGAUGUCAUCACUUGAAAUUAAUAUCUCAAUAUAUAAAAAACGAUGGCAGCACAAAUGAAAUUUUUUACAGCACAAACCAGCACAAAUGUAGCACAAAUGAUUGAAACCAUUUUUAGCCAUUUUUUGCCGAAAUGGGGAUUGGUUUACCUCAUAUUGACCUAAAAAAUAAUUGUUAAGUUCCAAAAACGAUAGCAGCACAAACAAUGUUUUUUUUCAGCACAAAUGAAUGACAUAAUGUUUAUAAAAAUUUGCGUCUGAUGGGAGGGGCAAUUUUACGGAGGUCGAAUCGCAUCGUGGCAUACUUUGCAAUCCCGGCAAAUAUCCUGUUGUUGUACAAAGAAUAUCUUGCUGUCAUGAAAUUGCUGAUUUACAUCCAUAAAUAAAACUAAGGUUUCGAUCCAUCUUUUAGAUAUACUGUUUUGUUAAAAAGAAAGAUUUUCAUUCAAAUACUGUUUUGUUAAAAAGAAAGAUUUUCAUUCAAAUGUCUGGAAAGUUUCAGCCACAAAAUAAUCAAAAGCAUUAAAAUUGCUUUGAAUUUUUGUCUGCUUUAGGUGCAAAAUAACUUCUUGUGCUAAAUGUGUACAUCACAACCAACCAAAAUCCUUUGAAUUGAAUCAAAAUCGAUAUGUGGCAGAGUUUGUUAUAUUAGCAAAUAUUGUAUAGCUUUCCAAAGAAUCACAUCGUGUUGUCAUAAUAUUAGUGAUUUACACCCUUGCUGCAUACAUCAUACAAAGACAUGUAAUUUCAAAUGUAAACAGGGCAUGAUGUUGCGUAUGACAAACAUGAAAAGAUAAAUGAGAAUUAUUCAAAGGAAAUGUCUACACAUAGUCGGGUAUUUGGCAAAGAGAUGGUUGGCCUAUCAUCCACAUGCACAGGCUCAUUUUGGCUGACCAAAGUGAAAAUGUGAGAAUUCUGCGUUUGUAACGCCAUCAUAUGGACACUGACACUUUUUACUUCCUUCACUUUUGACAGUUUGUAAAGCUGUAACACACAAAUGUACACGUAUGUUCAAAAUUACACACAUUUUAACAAUAAAACACUUAACACAAAAUAACUGGUGUUCAAAUGGCCAUUUAGUCUCAUCAAUAUGUAAAUUUAGUUGAUUAAAUUAGCCUAAUUUGCCUAACAAAGGUCAGCUAGCUUAAAUGCUACAAAUGCUAACAUAUUUACAUUUCUCAUGGCAAAUCGCUCACAUGUAACUCCACAAACUGAAUCUCAAAACUUAAUUACAAAUGCAUACACAAACAUAUAUUAGCUGUAACAACUUACCGCCUAAAGAGUGCCAAACCAGAGCGCAGCUGUCAUUUAUCCAUGUCAGACGAGAGUGUGCUCCUUAGUCAGUCCAGCCGGACCCAACGCUGCCACCAGAGGACAGUGUAUCUACCAUCAUUAAACAAAAUACAAUACUUUUGGACUUUUUGGAUAGUUAUUUUGGGCUAUUGAAAGGGUCCAUUCUGACUUAAGUGGAUAUUCGGUUUACGUCGCCAGCAUAGGAACGGAACUCGUUCGUAACCCAGGGACUACCUGUAUUUUUAAAGGACGUAUAAAGACAGAAUCCUCGAUUUGAAAAGAAAAAAAAACCUGCUAAGUGUAGACAUGGCCUUAGAAUGCAUGCCAACACAGAAGUUGUUCCACUAAAGCAGGGGUGGGGAACCUACUGCACACUGUACAAAUGCUUAAUUUAACCGUAUGUGCAAUUCCAACUACUGAACAAAAUUGGCAGAAUAAUCCAUAAAGCCUAAUCCCAACUCACCCAUGCUAAUAAGUGCAUUUUUUUCAAUGAAUUGUGAUACAAUGUAUGACCCAUUAUGGAUUUUCUACAAACUAAAAUGGACAAAAGGUGCCCUAACCCUGUUUUGAAGAAUGCUUCUUCUUUGUGAGAAAUUGCUGCAUGUACAGGUAGUUCUUCAAUGGCAUGUGCUCUUUGAUGCAAGCUUAACACAAGUGCAUUUAUGUGGAUAAAAGGACAGAGAAAACAAAUUUUAAAUUCAUGUACUAUAAAUACCCUCCAAUUUGUUUAGUUUUGCAUAGCAUAUGUGCUGUGAAAUGUGCUUUAAAAGGAAACACUGGCUGCAUUUGUUGUUAUAUGAAAAAGUGACAAAAAUGUUAUUUUCAUGUGAAAUUCAAGGCUGCUUAGAAGCUUUUUACCAUUGAUGAAUAAAUAUUUGUGGUAUUCAGAAAUGACGUCUGUCUCUAGUCUUUCAAAUCAGAAUUCACACACUAACCCAUUGUUGCACACGAUCGCGUAUUUCGUGGUCAUGAAGGAUGGAUACAUUGAGGGAUCAAUUCAUAGAUUGAAUUAUUAAAAUUAAAGAAUGGAUCAUGUGAAACAAACAAAAUUUUC